UAUAAAGACGUCGAGGAGAAGGCUCCUUGAUGCUGUUCGAGAUGUUGGAACCAGGCUCUCAGAGACAACGGUCAAGCACACAGAGAAUUUGAUUGCAUCCCGCACAACAUCCUCCCCCAAUCUAUCCUCUGCACAAGCUCACCCUUGACCGCUCCUCCCUCAAAAUGUUCGCCAAGACCGUCUUCCUGGCCGCCGCGGCCCUGGCCUCGUUCGUCAACGCCGUCGCCAUCGAGCCCAACCGGUUCGGCUGCGGCGCCCCGGAGCCGACCCCGGAGCAGAUCCAGAUCGCCCAGGCCUUCUCCAUCAUCGAGGCCGAGCAGGCGGGCAACCACACCCUGGUGGCCCGCCAGGCCAUGUCGGUCGACGUCUACUUCCACGUCGUCGCCUCGUCCACCAGCGAGCGCGACGGCUACGUCACGGACAAGCAGCUGGCCGACCAGCUCAAGGCGAUGAACUCCAACUACGCCCCGCACGGCAUCACCUUCGUGCUCAAGGGCACCGACCGCACCAUCAACACCAACUGGGCCUCGGACGGCAACGAGCUGGCCAUGAAGAAGGCGCUGCGCAAGGGCACCUACCGCACCCUCAACAUCUACUUCCAAAAGGCCAUCGGCGGCAACCUGGGCUACUGCUACUUCCCCACCACCGUACAGUCGGGCUCCGACGACUUCUACCUCGACGGCUGCUCCAUCCUGUCGUCGUCGGUGCCCGGCGGCUCCACGGCCAACUACAACCUCGGCAAGACCGUGACCCACGAGGUCGGCCAUUGGUUCGGCCUGUACCACACCUUCCAGGGCGGCUGCACCGGCAGCGGUGACAUGGUUGCCGACACCCCGGCCCAGGCCAGCGCGUCCAGCGGCUGCCCCAUCGGCCGCGACUCGUGCUCCAGCGCGGGUGUCGACCCCAUCCACAACUACAUGGAUUACAGCUACGACUCUUGCUACGAGGAGUUCACCCCCGGUCAGGAGGCCCGCAUGCGCAACUUCUUCAGCACCUACCGUGCCAACAAAUAAACGUCACCGCCUAGGUGGCCUCGUUGGCUCAACUCCGCGGGAAUGGCGUGUCCGAAGUAGACACGCCAGGGGGAGGAGGAUUGAUGGAGGGUUUGUGGGAUUAUGAGGGGAUGUGUCGCCUGCGGGUCGCUCAAGCGGUGGAAUUCCCCCUUUUUCACCUCGCAGGCACCGACGGUCCAGUUUCUGGAUGUGGCGUCGGUUUUCAGAGUAAAUAUUCUUCACUUUUGAUGUCCAUACUUGUACCGAACCAAUGAGAAAUGCAUAACAAACAACCCAAUUUGUU